UGUGUCGCGACUGUCGGCGACGGCGGGCGAUGGAGGAGCCGCCCCCGCCGCCCGCCGCCAGCCCCGACCCAGCGGAUCUCGAGGCUGUGUUUCAGGCCCUCGAGGAGAUGCUUGCUUCGUCCCACCCUGAACUGGCUGCGUUUUUGGAGGAGAAUAUCAUGGGUCAGUGUGAGCCUUCAGGAAGUGAAGCUGUGAGUGUCACGGUAGAAGAGAGGACUUCAGCUGGCAACGUGAGCUGUGGGAACAAUUCCCCCGAGCCAGAGGGCCCUGAUGUCCAUCUGCUGUACCUUUCCAGAAGGGCCGCUCUGCGUGGGAGGAAGGUGGUGAGGUCCAGGCCUGGGCCAGCCCUGGCAGGUGACGAUGGCUGCAGCUCUGCUGGGCCGUGCCCUGACCGUUACAAUGACCACCACAAAAUCCUUGUAAACCUCAAGAGCCUGAUGAGGGCCCGCACAGAGAAGCUGGCAGCUGGUGUGGAGGCACCCAGCCACCCACCCAGCCACUUCCAGCAGCAGUUGGGCACAGCAGUGAACAGGGACCUGCUGCAGUCACCCUCGACCCUUGGCAAGGCCAACAAGACUGCCACACUGCAGAAUUGUUCAGUCCCCAAUCCUGUGACUGGCACUGCUGGUUCUGCAGCUUUGACCAACACCAGUGGCAGUGAUUUCCAGGGAGAAGUCAGACUAGAUAUUGCAUGUCAGCUGCUGGAGGAGAUGUUAUCAUCCAAUCCGGAAAUGGCUGCCUUUUUGGAGGAGAAUAUCAUGGGUCAGUGUGAGCCUUCAGGAAGUGAAGCUGUGAGUGUCAUGGUAGAAGAGAGGACUUCAGCUGGCAACGUGCUGCUGGACUUGACCCAAUCUGAAAGCACAGCUGUGCAGAAGAGGGUUCUGGGGAGGAUCAGGAAUCUGAUCCGUGGGCUGGCCAACAUUUCCAAAUGGAGGUACAGCAGGCCCUGGCUGUUGGACUGUCAUUUCAGUUACAGCCAAUAAGCUGCUCUCCUUGAUGACCAAGGAGAGUUCUCUGAGCUUUCCUUUGAUGAAGUUAAAGGAAGACCAAGGAGCUGGAAGGUUCCUGCCCAGACAUCCCGAGUCCAGUUUCCAGUUCCCUGGUGUGCUGUACACACAUACACACACAGAGGCAUCCCACCGGUCAGCAGCCUAAGACACUGUGCAUUUCCAGCUGCUGGCCCCAAGACCUGUAAGGCCCUAGAACCUGUGUUCCCUUCUUCCACUGCACCCUUGGCCUCCUCUCUGAGCAGGCACGGUUCCAGCCCUUUGGAGGGACCCUUUCCCUUUGCUCCCUUUUGUGCCCUUUCCCUUUGCCUGCCU